GGCUUGAUGCUGCUGCGACGCACUCGUGUAGAGCUUAUUCGGGGAACAGCUUCUUUUUUUAAAGAAAUGUCUGUUUCGCGUGUUUAAGGGCUUUAUUGUAGUGGAGAGUCCAGGCUGGAGCUCUCUAUCUGGGGGGCUUGUGUGUGUGACGGCUUGGCUGGGUUGUCACAUCCAGACCCAGCCAAGGUGAAACACACCGCUGGCUGCUUGUGCGUGAGCGUGUGGGGCUCGCGUUCUGGGACCGUGUGGUCCGGGAUGGUGUGUGCUUGCGUGGAGAAACAUGGUAGACGUGCAGGGUGUGUUGUGAAGGUGGUCAGAACAGGGGGACCGGGUCGCUAUGAUGAAGUUAGAAGUAGACAGGCUGUCAGAAAAGUGUGAACUUGAGGAGUGGCGUGCGUGUGUGCGGCUGCUGUGGUGUUAUUAUCACUGCUCGUGUCUGGGCUGCGGACGGGCGAUGAGGCAGUUUCGGCAGCAAGUGUUUGCUUUUUUGUGCGGCUGCCUGUUUUCCACGUCUGCUUUGGCGGAGGGUCGUGGCAGCGCUGUGCGGUGCAUCUGUUUCGCAUUAGCCUCGGAGAGCGCUGCGCGGAGCGCCGGGGCUGGCUGAGGCUGAGCCGAUGAAGCCCGCUGUCUUCUUCUCGGCUGGCCGCGGUGCUGACACCCCCGUGCAGCCUUCACAUUGCUGAGCUUUGUUUCAUCCACCACAGUCUUGUUUUGCAACCGCGCGAGCAGGGAAAACCCAAGAAACGUGCGUCCAAUCUACCCGCACUUAUCGUUUUUUCAGCCAGCCCUGUUGCAAAAGUGACUUAAAAUGUUUCUCAACCCUUUUGCCUGAAACGUGUUUCGUGCUGUGACAAUGAGGGGAAAUAAAAGUUGGUGCACGGGUCGGUUAGUCAGUUUCGUGCAACAGCUCGCAGCGGCGCAGAUGUGAGUUAGUUAUUACUGCACAGCGCGCGCUGAUGCUCAGAAUGAGUCCCGUAUUAAAUGCGCCAGAACAAGUUUUGCGCAAUCUAUUAUUGUUUUUGCUACAAGCUGCGGUUUCGGGUGGCCUGCCGGCGCAAAGAUAGCGCCAGAUUUAUUCUGCAGGGCGAUUUUGAAAGGUGUCUCGGAUGACAGGCUCCUUCACUACACUUUGGCAUUUAGCAGGGGGGUCAUAAAAGUGUGUGCGAGUGGGCUUGUGGGUGUGUGAGAGAGAGCGCGAGCGCGCGCGCGUGUACGGGCUCCUCGCGCUAUUCCUGGACGGAGCAAAAACUUGCGUAUGUGUGUUUGAGUGUGUGUUGGGUUACAGACAGUUCAUCAAACACGAUCAUGCGCUGGACACGGGACGUACAGCCUAUGUGUGUGUGUGUGUGUGUGUGUGUGUGUGUGUGUGUGCUUAAUUCUAAGGCAAGAAGAUGCGGGAUCCACUAACUCGAUCUUGGAGGACGUCAAAUUGAGAGCACGAUUAAGCAGAAAUAAACGAUCAGCCUAGACAGCGUUUCUCUUUUCUUCCUUUCUCGUUUCUUCACAUGCACUGACUGUGUUCUGAGGCGUCUGAGUAAAGCAGGCUGCUAAAUAACGUGGAAAGGUUUUUACGGCUUAACUGAUGGUGCGCUGCCCUGAUAGGGAGCUCAGACUGAACUGGAUGGAGGUCGGUAUGGAUGUAUUAGACUCUUAAGGACAUCUUGUGGUAGAAAAGUAUCAGAGAUGUUGCGAAAUGGCAAAGGGUAGACAGUAUACAGGGAAGCUUUAUACUGUUCACGAAUCCUGCAUCACUGAGUAGAUGAGAUGUAAAGUCACUCGGAGUGGUUUGAUGUGAAAUGCUUCAUUCUACAAAAACCUAUAGUCAGGAUCAUUCACAGUGGUGGUGAUGGGAACCGAACGUCUGAAGUGUUUAAUGCCUCUAAAAGCUCCCCCACAGAAAGUUAUGAGAAAAAGAGAGAAAUGGUUAUGAAGACUUUCCCUCUUGGUGAUGGGAUUUUGGCCUAUAUGUAUUUUAAUCAAUGUAUUUGAAUCUGUUCAUGGUGGAGGGACACAUGCAAGGUGUUCUAAGCUUAAAUGGUCUCCAAAGAGAACUUAGUUUUUCAGACUGAACUCUAGUUUACCAUUAUCAGCGCUACAUGUAAAAACUCAGAAGACACGUGUAGGUUCACUGGUGGUUCUGGAUGGUAAAUAAAAGGUCUAUAUUUGUGUCAUACACAUGGCAACUCUUGGUUCCUAUCACCACCAGUGUAAAGAAAUCUGAGUCAUCAGGUUUCUCUACAGAUGAACCAUUUCACAUCAACCCACUCAGAAUGACUUUGUUUACAUCUCAGCCGCUGAAUUAUUCAGACAAUUGGAAAAACCGGUGAAAUUCCUCCAAGUUACUUUCACUGGGAAAAGAAGCAUCUCACUCUAGCCACAUGCAUCAGCCACACUGUCACUGUUUUAAGGGGGUUUAGGCCAUCUAAGCCAGGCUGAUAGUACUCUGGAAAAUCAGAUCUACCUCAUUUGGGAGCGUUUCAUCACCACACACACGCACGUUGGCACUGGAUAUAGGUUAGUGAGAGAGGACACUGAUGUUGUGUGGCUUCACACUGAAAUGGAAUCUGGCCCGGAGCAGAUACAAAAUGUUCAACAUAUCUUGACAAAAUGUCUUGUGCAGCAGACAGCUGCAUCCAGUUCACGCGCCACGCAAGCGACGUUCUGCUCAAUCUGAACCGGCUGCGCAGCAGAGACAUUCUCACAGAUGUCACCAUUCUGGUCAACAGACAACAGUUUCGUGCUCACAAGACCGUCCUCAUGGCAUGCAGUGGGCUCUUCUACACAAUCUUCACCGACUCUCUAAAAUGCAACCUAAACGCUAUCAGUCUGGACCCGAAGGUCGACCCGGAAGGCUUUGCAAUCCUUCUGGAGUUCAUGUACACUUCUCGCCUCACGCUGAAGGAGAGCCUCAUCAUGGCAGUCAUGAACACAGCCAUCUACCUGCAGAUGGACCACGUCGUUGACACCUGCCACAGAUUCAUUAAGUCCAGUGACUCCUCCAUCAAACUGCCCCGAGAGGACUUUCUCGUCAGUCCUUUACUUUUACCUCAAGAUGUUCACGGUUACAGACCACACGAGAUGGUGGAGAGCAUACCUGGCCGUGCAGGUCCUUUCAGAGACGGGAGGUCUUAUGGUCCAGGCAUGUUAAACGGAGUUAACGCUCCUAGUAGCUCUUAUCAUCUUUACGGCCAGUUCCCCAUGCAGGGUUUCCCCUUCCCUCUCUGUAAGCUGACAGAUGCCAAAAAUACUUUCCCUGAUUUCUCCAAAGGAGCCCCCAUCCAACACAAACACUGCUCUCCAGCUGAUGGUAACAGCUCCAUGGUGGCUGAUUACGGUCGCACCACCACCAGCGGACCUUCAAGCAUGUGCCACGGGACCCCCUACUCCUCCCGGGAGCUGGGCAGAAAUGAGGAGAUGAAGAGGGAGAGCCUGGAAGGAUUGGUGCAGUCCAUCGGCAUGAGCUCUAGAAAGCACGGGAUGGCCAGCCUGGCCCAGGAGCAACAGAGGGAGAUGGGUAAAGAGCAGGGGCCUCUGGUGGAAGAGGAUCUGACCCACCAACACUACUCCAUGGGCAUGCCUUCCAGUGGACGCAAAACACUGAUGAGCAGCCCCCAGAGCCCUCUGAAGUCAGACUGCCAGCCUAACUCUCCGACCGAAUCGAGCAGCAGCAAGAACGCCGCCCUCUCACAAGCCUCACAGCCUCCAACUCUGCAAGGCACGCAGGACCCUAAGGCUCGCAACUGGAAAAAGUACAAAUUUAUCGUGCUUAAUCAGAGCACCAAGGAGGAAGAGAGCGGUCCUCAUGACCCUGAGAUGCGAUCACCACAGCGUCUGGGACUGCCUGCCUUCCAUCCAACUUCUGAGACUGACCACCCGGAAUCACAGGCCUCUAACACCAAGAUAAGUGACCACGGAGACGACUUCACUGUGCCACAAGCCAGCCGCCUCAACAAUAUAAUCAACAGCAGAACUCUGGAAGGAUCACAGAGGAACGGUGACAGCCACUCUUCUCUUUAUAUGAGCCACUUAAAGUGCACCUCCUGCGGCUCACAGUCCCCACAGCACUCAGACGUCUGUCCCAACACUCCUGGCUCGCGUCUUACUGAGGAAAUGUCUGAGCUCCACUCUGAGUACUCCGACUCCAGCUGUGAAAAUGGUACAUACUUCUGUAACGAAUGCGACUCCAAAUUCGCAGAAGAGGAGAUUUUGAAACGCCACAUGCUUCAGGUCCACAGUGACAAGCCAUACAAAUGCGAUCGGUGCCAAGCAGCAUUCCGCUACAAGGGAAAUCUUGCCAGCCAUAAGACAGUUCACACAGGAGAGAAGCCGUACCGGUGCAACAUCUGCGGUGCACAGUUCAAUCGACCAGCUAACCUCAAGACUCACACACGCAUUCACUCUGGAGAAAAGCCAUACAAGUGCGAGACAUGCGGAGCUCGUUUUGUUCAGGUCGCUCACCUGCGCGCCCACGUUCUGAUCCACACGGGAGAGAAGCCAUAUCCCUGUGAAAUCUGUGGCACUCGCUUCCGACACCUGCAGACACUCAAGAGUCACCUGCGCAUACACACGGGAGAAAAGCCCUAUCAUUGUGAGAAAUGCAACUUGCACUUUCGCCACAAAAGUCAGCUGCGGCUGCACCUUCGGCAGAAGCACGGCGCAAUCACCAACACCAAGAUCCAGUACCGCAUAUCCACAACAGACCUGCCCACUGACCUGACCAAGGCUUGCUGAACAAACAUGUGGGCCAAUCCUGACCAUGGCAUUCUCUGAGCCUGACUCGUACAAUCAUCCAAAAUUGUAGUGCCACACUGUGUUGAUCAGAAAAGAAGAAGAAAAAAAAAAACAUAGGCAUCUAAUGCCAACUUACGGGUUUCCUCUACAUGUGAACAUAGAACCACAUAUGGUCUCUUGUCACUUUAUUGUUUAUAUUUGCAUAUAUAUGUACAGUAAUGUUGAGUGUUUUUAAGCUUUGAGUUAGAAAAAAAGCUUUAUUUUGUUGGGGGGAAAAGCAGGAUGGAAUGUAAAACAUUUAAAUCCAGUUUUUGAAAAUACAGUAUUUUAUAUCAAAGACCUUACUUUUCUGAAAGUAUUGGGGAAUUUUAAUUGAAGGUUGGUAUAUUUUAAGGCAGCGGUAUUUCUGGCAGUGUAAAGAAUUGUGUUCACAGAUUUUUAUACGUGUACAGGUUACACCACACUAGAACGGCCUCUGUCGCAAAAGGAAAUCCUGGCUGUGACUUUAAUGUUUAAUAUAUUAAUUGGUUUUAUUUGUAUAUGAGUGACAGCUGCUCUCUCAAGUGUAAAACAUGCAUGAGGUGGGUUGCUACUGGUAAACAUUCAUUAAGUAUAGGCAAAGGCAUAAACAUUGUGACAUAGCGCAUAAUUAUAUCCCCAAGAUUGCUCUCUGCUGGCAGAACCAAUCUUUGAUUAAAUAUUAAAAUAUGCAUUAAAAAAGAAAAACUGGUACUGCUAUGGUACGACCAAUAAGAUAUUUUGCUUCAGUUGUAUUUGUAUAGAAAUGUGACUUUGUUUUUAUUUCUAUCAGCAAGUGAAGGUUUACAGUUUUGUCAUUGUACUAGAAGCUACAGUAACAGGUUGUAAUAUUGCCCAGAUUUUUUCCCUUCUGUCUGUAUAUACACUGUUUAUUCAAGGUGCCUUUCUCAAUGGCGACUGAAUCCCUUUUUCCAUUCAGCCCAGCUCUACUAAGGUACAACUGCAGGGCAACACUUGUCCUUCCCCUCUUCCCCUUUUUGUGUGUGUAUGCGUGUUUUCUAAAUGCUUUUCACCAACUUUCAAAAAAAAAAAAAAGUAAAAACGUGCAAAUUCAUUAUUGCUUGAGCUGUAUAUCUUCAGGACUUGUUUUGGGAUUGAGCUUUUUUAAAAAAAUGCAUUAAGCUAACUGUAUAAUAGGUGUAUGAAUGUAAAAUAAAAGUAUUGAAUUUCUAUGUACAAA